AUUUGACCUACGACAUUGAGACGUUACUCAAUACGAAGUUCGCCCCUGGGCCUCUUGUUUGUAAGAGGUUUGCUUGUGUGUUGUUUUUUUGUUUUUGUUUUUUUGGCCUGCUCUAGAUAUGUUAUCAACGAAGUGAGCACUUUUGGAUCACAGUGCAAAACAAAUAAUUGUGCAAAUGUAUAAAUUGAGUGGUUUAGCAAGAAGACUUGGCUAUCAAAUUUUACAUUCUAAUGGACACCAAAUAAGAUGCAUCUUUUCAAUUACCAAUUGCUCCGGUGGCAAAGGACUAGGAAGAAGUAAAUGUGUUGGUAAAGAUGUGUGUCGGUGGAUGGCAUCAGCUUCAAACAAGAGGAAGGAUGUUGUGGCAGCAAAAACUAAAAAUACUCAUCAAGUUCAGCUUGGACAGAAAGUGGCCCAGGCAAGUAAAGAUGUCACAUACAUAGCUGUGGUUGUGGUAGGAGCUGUUUUGUUAGUUGCAAUGUUUUAUACUGUUGGCCAAGAGUUGAUGGAUUCAAAAAGCCCAAAUUCGGUUUUUACAAGAAGUUUGAAAUUAUGUAAAAAAAAUUAUGAGGUUAUGGAAGCCAUAGGAGAGCCUAUAAAAGGAUAUGGCGAAAUGGACAGAAGAGGAAGACGGAAGCAUGUAAGUCACGUGAUUUACACAAAAAAUGGAUCUCAAUACAUGAGGAUGAAAUUUUAUAUAGAGGGCAGCAAAAGGAAAGGCACAGUACAUCUUCAAGUUGAACAGGUUUCAAAUGGGAAUCUGGAGUAUAACUAUAUGUACAUAGAUCUAGAUGGCUAUCCACAGCAGAGAAUCAUCAUAGAAAGCCAAAACCAAGCUUGAGAACAGUGGUGUUGGGUACAUAGCAGUUUGUGUGCUGUGAUGGUGCACACCUCAAAGGGGUGCUAGGUUAAAUUAAAUUUAUAUUGAAAUUGACUAUGGAUUGUGUACUCCUCAACAGAGUGCAUACAAUGUUGAUAGCAUUUGAUGUGCUCACACUCAGAGGGGCUAGGCUCAUAUGGAUUGUGACCCCCACUACAGGGCAUGUUCAAUGUUGAUAGCAGUUAAUGCAGUACAGACUGUUCACCUUGGUUCAUAAUAAUUGAGAUAUUAUUGUGUCCCUGUACAGGAUACUUGUUUAAUAGCACUACCCUUCACAGCAGUUAACCUAGGAGUCAUUAGUUUUGCUGAUGUACAAGUUGAUCUCGAGAACAGCAGGCAUCAAUUUGUAAAACUAAGUUGUCUAUAUUUCACUUUCAGUAUUCAACUGUAGGCGAGAAAUUGAUAUACAGUAAAAUGAUAACCUGUUAUUAUUGUUGGAGAACAGUUUCACUAAUCAGACAAUGUAAUUACAGUACUCAAACUUUUUAUUUUUAAAAAAAGAGACUUUUCCAAUUUAUGUAGCUUUUACAUAUUUUUGAAUGACAAUAAAUUAGAAAUAUUCAAUGGCUAA